UUGCGGCUCUUGAAGCGUCACAUGACAUGGGAAAGGAGCGAUGGUGGCUCUGAGGGUGGAGGGAAGGCCCGGCCGCCUCGCUCGCCUGGUUUCCCUUCAGCUUUUCCUCUCCUUCGUCCAGGCCGCCGGAGCCGGGAGCUGCCGGGGAGAGCCGGGUCUCAGGGCUGGUGAGACCCGUGACACUGAGGCUUGUGGGCAGAGUCUGCAAUUGGAGCAUUCAUUUGAACUGGAUGACAGUAUUCGGUUCAAAAAGCGGGGUACCCUUCUGUGGAAUGUAGGCUCUGAUGCUAGUCUUUCAUUAAACCAGAAGCAGUUGAGCGAAGAGGAGCGCAACAAACUUAGGGAAGUGGCUGCUGAGGGUGCACUUUAUCGUGUGCGGAUUCCAAGGCAUCCCUUGGGGAUCACUGAAGAGAGUAGUGUUGAAUAUGUCACCUCUUUUGUCCGAGCAUGCUCUAUGGUGGAGUCCCAUCUGUCAGAUAGGCUGACGGUUCACACAGACAUUGCUGGGAAUAUCAUUGGACUUUCCAUCGUCACUGUGCCAGGCUCUUGCCAUGGGGCAGAGGUGGAGGAUGUGGACCUGGAACUGUUUAAUACCACUGUCCUCCUUCAGCAGCCCAUCCCAGCAGCAGUACCAGAGACAGCAGCAUUUAUUGAGCGUAUGGAACAAGAGCAGGCCCAGAAAGCCAAGAAUCCACAGGAGCAGAAAUCCUUCUUUGCUAAAUAUUGGCAUUUAAUUCUGGGCGGGGCGGUGCUCCUUCUAGUAACCAGCUCUGCAACAGCCCCUCAGGAGCCAGGACGACAGCCCUGAGCAAAAUGGAUGUACAUUAUUCCCAUUGUCCUUUUCCUGAUGAUGUCUGGAGCACCCGAUGCAGGGGGGCAAGGAGGGGGCAAUGGAGGCAGUGCUGGGGGAGGGGGCCGGUGAGUGGGGAUUGCAUCUUUUCCUGGGUUGUGGAAAGGCAUGGUGUAAAUAAAUAUUAUCAAGAAAAACAACAGAA